AGGAACGUUUUAUUUGAGCGCUCGGGUUCUGGUAAUUGAUUCCACAUUAGCAGCCUGCAGCACGCGGAGAGAUAUCAGUGCGACGCUCCAGCAGCUGACUGCAGCGGCGCCGGCACGAGACGCGGGACACGCGACGGCUUCAGCGUCAGGACGCGGCGGGGGAAACAGACGCCGAGGAAAUAAAUCAUGAGCAACGCGAAGCCGCGCGGGAUCCUCCGGGAAGCCUCCCACCAGAUUAUCGCCGGUGGAUCCGCGGGCCUGGUGGAGAUCUGCUUGAUGCAUCCCCUUGAUGUGGUGAAGACAAGGUUCCAGAUCCAAAGAGGAGCAGGAGAUCCCACCAGCUACAAGAGCCUUGGAGACUGCUUCCGGACGAUCUUUCGCAAUGAAGGAAUCUUUGGCUUCUACAAAGGGAUCCUGCCGCCGAUCCUGGCCGAGACCCCGAAGAGAGCAGUGAAGUUUUUCACCUUUGAGCAGUACAAGAAGUUGCUGAGUUUCACCCCGUUGUCUCCUGGAUGGGCGCUGUCUGCAGCCGGGCUCGGCUCGGGCCUGACUGAGGCGCUCGUCAUUAAUCCAUUUGAAGUGGUGAAAGUCAGUCUGCAGGCCAACAGAGACUCCUUCAAAGAGCAACCCUCCGCUUUUUCACAAGCAAGACGCAUCAUCAAGUCAGACGGCUUUGGACUGCGGGGCCUGAAUAAAGGGUUAACAUCAACGCUGGGACGCCAUGGAGUUUUCAACAUGAUCUACUUUGGCUUCUACUUCAAUGUGAAAGACGCUAUUCCCACCAACCCGGACCCCACACUGGAGUUCCUGAGGAAGUUCAUGAUCGGCCUCGCGUCUGGGACCAUCUCCUCCUGCGUCAACAUUCCCUUCGAUGUCGCCAAGAGUCGCAUCCAAGGCCCGCAGCCUGUGCCCGGGGAGAUCAAGUACCGCACCUGCUUCCAGACCAUGGCGCUGGUCUACCGCGAGGAGGGGUACUUAGCACUGUACAAAGGGUUGGUUCCCAAAAUAAUGAGGCUUGGACCAGGUGGAGCUGUGAUGCUGUUGGUCUAUGAGUAUGUGUCUGGAUGGCUUCAGAGAAACUGGUAACAAACAAAAACAGACGAGGAAACCUAAAAUGUUGCCUUUUGAAAUGCAUCUUAUCACCAGUAAUGAUGACUGACUAGUAGCUGACUACACUGGACUCGACCAGCUGACUGAGUAGCAUCAGACCAAAGACUUUAUCUUCAUCACACAAAACGCAUAUUUAAAAAAAUGAUCAAACCAGCAAUGUAUUUCACACUUUCCGCACGUCAGCAUCUUUAAGUCGAUGUUUGUACUUGAAGAAUAGAAGCGAAAACAUCUUUCUUUGUUUUAUGAGUUCAGCUUAACCAGUUGUCUGAGUGAUUCUCUCUAAUUUACAACAAAGUCUUACAUAAAGUAAAGAUUUUUUUUUUUAAUUCUAAACGGUUUUGUUCAGCUCUGUGUGUGUUUCUCCGUGUUCCUCUAAGUGGUGUGAAUUGAGACGUUUUAACAACAGACACAUUUUUUUCCCCCCCGACUUUGUUGGGUGUUGUUUCCAGCACUGUCUGACUUUUCUUGACACACCCUCACAGUUUUGGAGCAGCAGAUUCUGUUACUAACAUUUUCUUAAUGGACACAGAUUUAAUAGCAAUUGACUUUGCCUUUGAGAUUCUUCAUGACUUAAUGAAAUUGAGCUUAAACUUUUAUUUUAAGAUGUUUAUAGGCACCCAAAACUAACAAGGAAAGACUAUAUUUCCCAUUCUGUCGCUGCAGGGGAAUGUAUCUGAUCUCCAUCCCUUCUAUCUGUAAAAUGUCCCGUUAAAAGACCAUCAAAGCAACAAUAUACACAAUAACCUUCACUACAGCAUCGGGUUGAUGCACAUGUCUAUAGUUUUUAAUUUUAACUGCUGUCUGCUGUCACCACAAUCAAUACUGAGCCUUGAAGAGACGCUCAAGCGCAUCAAACUGCAGGAAUAGUAACAAACAAAACACUAACGUGCUGAGACCACGCUGCAGGUUAUUUUAAUAAAUAUUUUUGGAUUUGCUGAUAUUUGAUGUCCUUUUGGAUCGUUUUGAGGUUUUUUUUUUAGCAUCCGAAUGUUUUCGGGCUCGGAUUGAUAAGACAUUGUUUUAAUUGGAAAUUCAAAGCUUCAUGUAUUUGUUCAAACAAUAAAACACAUUAAAACUACA